UGAGUAAAAUAUCUAUCAUACAUCAAAAACAAUAUGGUUCUAAUGAAGCACACAUUCCAAUUAUGACUUCCAUGACACAUGUUUUCUCAUUUUUCUUCUUCCAACAACUGAUUUAUUCCUCUAAUGGCCAAAACAAUAAUAUUGUUAAGGCAGGUUACUGGUUAAGUGAUAGAGGUUUAGCCAUAAACAACAUUGAUUCAACUCUUUUCACUCAUUUAUUUUGUGCAUUUGCUGAUCUUGAUUUUCCAGCGAAUUAGUUAAUCGUUUCGCUGGAAAAUCAAGAUUAUUUUAGGCAAUUUACAAGAACAGUACUACAAAAAAAUCCUAGUGUAAAAACUAUAUUGUCAAUAGGCGGAGGUGCUGCACAUAAAACAGCAUAUGGGAUCAUGGCUAGAACAAAUAGUUCAAGAAAAAGUUUUAUUGAUUCAUCAAUAAGAUUGGCUAGAGAAUUUGGGUUCCAUGGACUUGAUCUUGGUUGGCAAUAUCCACAAUCAACUAGUGACAUGACAAAUUUAGAAUCUGAUCAAGACACACAAGGAGGACUUGUGAACAAGAAGAGAAAACUCAAUCGACUAGUUAGCAUUUUGGUUCCAAUUGGUGCAAUACUUACAUUGAUAUUGUUAGUAUUUAUAAUUUGGCACCUUCAAAGGAGACAAAUAUUGAAAUUUCAAGCUUCUCACAUAAUGGAAAGCAAAAGUAAAGCAAGAAAAGGUGGGGAAAGCAACAAUUUGCAGGUUUUUAGUUUUGAUGAGAUGAAGGAAGCUACAAACAAUUUUUCAUUUGCAAAUAAGCUUGGACAAGGUGGAUAUGGACCUGUUUACAAGGGAAAAUUGAAGAAUGGACAAGAAAUAGCAGUGAAAAGGCUAUCAGAGACUUCAUCUCAAGGAUUAGAGGAAUUUGAAAAUGAAGUGAUUCUUACAGCAAAAUUACAACAUAUAAAUCUUGUAAAAGUUGUGGGAUUUUGCAUUGAAAAUGAAGAAAAAAUGUUGAUCUAUGAAUAUAUGCCCAACAAGAGCUUGGACUACUACAUUUACAAUCAAGUGAGAAGAUUAGUUCUAAAUUGGGAAAAAAGAGUGCAAAUAAUUGAAGGCAUUAUUCAAGGAUUAUUAUACCUCCAAGAAUAUUCAAGAUUAACAAUUAUUCAUAGGGAUAUUAAAGCAAGCAAUAUUCUAUUGGAUAAUCAAAUGAAACCAAAGAUUUCUGACUUUGGAAUGGCAAGAAUAUUCAAGGAGGAUGCAGUUGAAGCAAAUACAGACAGAAUAGUUGGGACAAUGGGUUAUAUUCCACCAGAAUAUGCAAUUGAAGGUAUAUAUUCAACAAAAUCUGAUGUUUUCAGUUUUGGAGUACUACUACUUCAAAUCAUAAGUGGAAAAAAGAAUACAUGUCUACAUGGUCCAGAUGAACAACUAAACGUUCUUGAAUAUGCAUUUGAGAUGUGGAAAGAUGGAAAAGGCAUGGAAUUUAUGGAUGAAUCACUUGAUGAUAUAACAUCAUGUUGCAAACUAUUAAUUUGCAUGCAAAUUGCAUUAUUAUGUGUUCAAAAAAAUCCAUUGGAUAGGCCUACAAUGUUGGGAGUUUCUAAUAUGUUGAAGAAUUUUGCAAAUUUAGCCAUGGAUUCCCCUAAGAGGCCUGCAUUUUCUACGAGGGAAGAUAAAGAAGGUGACAAUGUGAAAGGGGAAGUACAAGAAAUAGAAGGAGUUGACACUGCAACUAUUACACAAUUGGUUGCAAGAUGAAAUGCUCACUCCGUCUGUUCUAAUUUAUAUGACACACUUUUCUUUUUUAGUUAGUUUCAGAAAAAGGACAUGUUUUCUUAUUUCGCAAAUGUUGAUGACACUAUCUCGUACUCAGUGAAAUUACAUCGCAUAAAUUAGAACGAAUGGAGUGUAUAUAUAUAUUACUUAUUUGGAAAAUCAAUAUUUUCUCAUUUUUCUUCCUCUACUUUUUCUCUAAUGGCCAAAAUGUUACAAUUAAGGGAGGUUAUUGGCUAUAAGAUAGUGGAUUGGCCUUAAACAAAAUUGAUUUUAACUCCUUUUU